AUGGUGCACGAAAGUUUAAAUCCUCACGUUUGUGAGGAAUGUAGUGAACAAUUCAAAAACUAUCACGGUCUUUGCAAGCAUCGUCAGAUUGUUCAUUUAAACAAAUCUCUGCCAACGGUACGGUUUAAGCCGUAUCACUUGAUCUGUAAGCUCUGUAAGCGACCUCACAGAAAAUCUAAUGAACUGAUUGAACAUAUUCGACAGGACCACUCUAAUGAAACGUAUCCAUACGUACAGUGUCCGGUUUGUCCAAAAACCUUUUUGUCUACGCAACAUCUGAGUUGCCAUAAAGAGAUUCAUACGGACAAGUACACCUGUACGUACUGCGGCGCGCGCAAUGCGACAAUUCACCGGCUGCAAACCCACGUCAAAAAUCAUCACAAUGAAGAGCGUAGGUAUGACUAUCCCAUCUGCAACAGUAAAUUGUACAAAUCGGCAUCCGUCCUGCCAACGCACGUGCUCACCCAUAGCCGCGGGCAGCAAUGCCGGUGCGAUAUAUUUCGGAAAGAUUUUAUGCGAAAGGAUCAGUUGAGCAUACAUCGCCGGUGA